AUGGCGCUGAAUAAGGUCAACCCCAAGAUUGUUACCCAACUGUGCUGGUAUCAUCCCUCACGCUCCUCGACCAGCUCGGCCUGCCUCAAGGGUCACCACUCACGCUCCUCGACCAGCUCGGCCUGCCUCAAGGGUCACCACUCACGCUCCUCGACCAGCUCGGCCUGCCUCAAGGGUCACCACUCACGCUCCUCGACCAGCUCGGCCUGCCUCAAGGGUCACCACUCACGCUCCUCGACCAGCUCGGCCUGCCUCAAGGCUCACCACUCACGCUCCUCGACCAGCUCGGCCUGCCUCAAGGCUCACCACUCACGCUCCUCGACCAGCUCGGUCUGCCUCAAGGGUCACCACUCACGCUCCUCGACCAGCUCGGCCUGCCUCAAGGCUCACCACUCACGCUCCUCGACCAGCUCGGCCUGCCUCAAGCAUCAUGUCCCCGGGGAAGAACGUGGAAGCAGCCGUAGUUCUGGUUCAUGA